AUGGUUCUUUAUAGCCUCUACGGCGAUUAUUCCUACGGCCUGCGAAAAUUCACUCUUACCCUGUGUGGAGAACUAAACCAAAACUGCUCACUCAAGUUUGUGUCGCCAAACAUACUGUCAUUUUCGGAAAUCACUCCGAAGAUCGAUAUUGCAUUUGAAAACCUGAGCUUUGUCCCAGUUUCUGGCGCGAUUAAUCCUGAUUCCUUUGGCAAUUUCGAGUCUAUUUCUUUUGAUGCAACCUGCACAUUAAAUUCAAAUGAUGGUCGUCGUUACUCCUUUAUAUGCGAGCGCAUUGUUAAUGGCGAAAUUCUCCGAUGCAAGUUCUGUGAUGGAGAUAUUGCAGACAUAAGGAACAUCACGAAGGUCGAUAAUCUCCCGUCAGUUGAUGCACUUGCCAGCUCUGAACCGAAUACCUUUUUCUGUCACGGAGGUCACUCAGUCGCUGCAGUUAGUAGCACUCCACUUUCAAGAUUGGUUUCCAAUCUAUCACCAUCCUCUGUUCUUUGCAAUGGAAUCGAAAUAAUUCUUAAUUCUUGUGUUUGGGCUUCUAAACCCACAAAGAUGUUAUCGAAGUUGGAGGGAGUUUUCUGUUCCCGGUGCCACAUAAUGCUCGGUCGUCUUGUUGGUUCUGGUGCUGACACAGUGAUUGUUCUGUGGACCGCCGGUGUUAGAGUUUGGACGCCAGAGGUGGAUAUCGAUGGCGAAUACCUGCGUCAUGUGGAACUCCCUCUCAUGUAUGGUGGUGUUCAUUAUAACCCUUUUCCUUUCAGUCAAUGCGAUGUGGACUUUUUUGAGCUGCUUUUUUUACACAUGAUGGAGAGUGGACGCUAUCGUUUCGUUCUUUCGGCUGGGUCUUAUGAAGCUCCUAUGACUUUUGCUUUGGUUAGUUCGGUUUUUAUUUGCAUUUCCUACUUCCACGCUUGGGAAACAGACAAGUGGGACUUCUCAUUGCCUUAA